CCAUUCAAUCGAUAUUCGACGUACCUGAAAUUGUGUCGCCCUCAACCAGAGCAAGAAACGCCAAAAAUUGUUGUAGAGUCAGCUAAGUUUAUGACUCGAAGAGCCGCCCCUAAAGGGCCUGAAGCUAGCGAUAAUCAUACCCCACUAGAGACUGAUUUCAGGUACAAAAUAUUCUAUUCUGCAAAAGAAAUCGAAGAAACGGGGCUUCGGCUAAAACUUGCAACAACUCGCAGAGCGAGAGCGCUUACGUGCCAGAAAAUACAUCCCAACAGAUAUCGUUACCUCCAGGAUAUAUACCCCGUGAGGAGCGUGAAGCGUCUCAGAGAAUGGGCCAUCGAUCACGGUGAAGAUCCAGAUAGAUUUAUGACAAUAACUGAGAAAGAUAGAAAUUUAUCAAGGAUAUACCGAGAUAGAAUUAUGUCCGAUGCAGAGAUAAUAGACUUUGCACGAGAUCAAAACCUCAAUCCAGAAGAAUUAAUGGAUAUGUCCAGACGCGAACGAUUGAUAAGUGAAGAGAUAUAUCUCCGUGAAUGGAAGGAUGAGGGUACCCCUCGAUCACAUGUCUAUAAUGACGAAGAAUGGAUAAAAAAUAUAGCGAUACUCCAAGAGAGUGGCUAUUUAUG